AUGUGUUAUUCAUUUUGUGCAGUACCAUUUUCACUGUUUGUUUUUGGCCUAGAAAUGUACUAUAGUACAUGUCCAUGGAUUAAUGAUUACUAUCGGGUUGAUAUUUUACGCAGAGAUUAUAAUUUGUUGGAAUCAUAUUUUGAUAUGCAAUGUGGAAUUAGUGGUUGGGCUUUAGCUGGAAUAUUAUCACUACUAUCAUGUAGUUUAUUUAUCAGCGAAGGUUUAGUGAGUGCAUUUUUUCGUUCUGAAUCAACUCGACAACAAGAAAAUGACAAGAUGAAUGCCUUCCUUUAA